CGACAGUCGACUGAAUAAAAACCACAUCAACUAUAUAAGUUUUCCAGAACAUUAAAAUCAUUAUUAAGCGAAUAUUCAAUGAAAACAGUAGGUAGACAGUGAAUUAAGGAAAUAAAAGAGCAGUAUAAAGCAUCAGAUAUCUCAAGUUAAUUAAAUUAAUAGUAGAAUAAUCAUGAAUUCAUCUCGUAAAAUCAUUUUGGGGACAUUUCUAUGUACAUUAUUCUUCACAUUAGCUAGUUCCUUAAAAGAAGGAGACUGUGAAGUUUGUAUAGCUACACUCAAUAAAUUUGUUGAUACAUUAGAUGAGGAUGUGAAGAAGGCACCUAAAAAGAUUGAGGAUGCGUUCAGGAAGUACUGUAAAGGUUCUAAAAAUAAGGAAAACCGAUUUUGCUAUUAUCUGGGCGGUCUUGAGGAGUCUGCUACUGGAAGCUUAGGAGAAAUAAGUAAGCCAAUUAGCUAUCACAUGCCUGCUGACAAGAUCUGUGAGAAACUCAAGAAAAAGGAUGCUCAAAUCUGUGAACUUAAAUUCGAUAAACAAAUUGACUUGAAUACUGUAGACCUCAAAAAGCUCAAAGUGAAGGAUCUCAAAAAAAUCUUAUCUGAUUGGGACGAGUCAUGCGAUGGAUGCUUAGAGAAGCCAGAUUUUAUUAAGAGAAUUGAGGAAUUAAAGCCUAAAUAUCAAGGAGCUGCUCCAAAGAAAGAACUUUGAAAAAACUAAUUUAGCUUCGUUUGUUAAUGAUGAUGUUUUUAAGACUACAUGUUUAAGCACAAUCCCUUCAAACUCUCCCAAAAAUCGUUUUAUGAUUUUUUCUUAAUUAUAGUCCAAUAAUUUAUUUCCUCGAUUUUUGUUCAAACUUAGUUGUAUGUAAAAUUUCCCAAUGAAAUUAUUGUAUCAAUUAUCUGUGCAUUGAAUCCUUCAAACAAAUCAUGUGUAUAAUAAAAAAUCAUAGAAUUUUUUUAAUUGAAUUAACAAGAAACAACC